GUGAUAACAUCGAACAAAAAAUAUUUAGAACGAUGAAGAAAAUAAUGUUAUGCGUUUUGGUUUGUAUAGCGAUGAUUGAAGCUAAACCAUUCUUUUGGAAGAAGUUCUGUUGUAAACCUAAAUUGGGGUUAAGUAGGGGAUUCUUUUAUCGGCCUCAGUUCAGACCUGCUUACGGCGCUGGAUUCCAAAUCGGUGGAGGCUAUGAAAACGGGAUAGGAUUGGAAAACGUUGUCGCUGUAUUUCCCUCCGUUCCCGUUCCGAUCGGCGGCGGGAUCGGCCCUGUAGUGGGAGGCGGUUUCUGCCCCCCACCCUGUCCACAAAUAAACAUGGGUAUAAAUAAUGGCCUUGGACCUGCACCUGGUAUGGGUAUGAAUCCUGGUAUAGACCAAGGAUUUGGAAUGAACGUAAACACUGGAAUAGACCAAGGAUUUGAAAUGUCCGUGAACGGUGGAAUAGACCAAGGAUUUGGAAUAGAUGUAAAUAGUGGAAUAGGACAAGGAAUGAAUGUUAAUUACGGAGCUGGACCCGCACCUGGCAUGAACAUUAAUUGUGGAAUUCCCCCUACACCUGGAAUGGACGUUAAUUAUGGAAUAGUUCCUGGAUCUGGAAUGGAUAUCAAUAACGGUUUUGGUCCUGGACCUGGCAUGGAUGUUAAUACUGGCCUUUGUCCUGAAAAAGAUAAUGCGAGUAAGGGCCCUGCAACUGGAACGACUGGUAAUAAUGGAUUGAAUCGACCUUCGACAAUUUAUAAUAACAAUGGAGCACCUGGUGCUGGAGCGGGUGUUAACGCUGGCUUACGUCCUAAUGCUGGCGCGGGUGUUAAUAAUAAUAAUGGAAAUGCACCUAAUGUUGGAAUGCAUCCUAAUGCAGGCAUGGGUGUUAAUAAUAAUAAUGUAAAUGUACCUAAUGUUGGAAUGCGACCUAAUAGCGGAAUGGGUAUAAAUACUGGCUUUGGAGCUAAUAAUAAUAAUGGAAAUGCGCCUCAAAAUGCUGGUAUGGGUGUUAAUAACAAUAAUGGAUAUGCACCUAAUGCUGGAAUAGGUGUUGGUGCCGGCAUAGGAGUUAAUAGUAAUCAUGGAAAUUCACCUAAUGCUGGAAUAGGUUUUGGAGCUGGCAUAGGAGUUAAUAGUAAUAAUGGAAAGUUACCGAAUGCUGGAAUAAGUGUUGGCGCUGGCUUAGGAGUUAAUAAUAAUAAUGGAAAUGCACCUAAUGGCGGAAUAGGUUUUGAUGCUGGCUUGGGUGUUAUUGCUAAUAAUGGAAAUGCACCUCAUAACGCUGGAGUGGGUGUCAGCGCUGGAAUCGGACAUGGUAUCGGACUUGGCGUCAAUGCUGGAAUCGGUCAUGGUAUUGGAAUAGGUGCCAAUGCUGGAAUAAAUACCAACGGUGGAGCCGCUCCUGGCGCCGGAUCGGGCGUCAAUAGUGGCGCGCCUACAGACAAUAGUGGACCAGCCCUUACACCAUUCUCUUCUGGUGCGGCAUCUGGAUAUCAGCAGGGCAGUUCAGGAGCGAGCGGCCACGCAGAACAGGCAGCUCAUGCCGCGGGAGCUGCUGGAUGCAACAAUGUUGGAGCACAUCACAACCAAGUUACAUCUAUCCAUCAAGAAGAGAGCAGCUCGAGUCACGAUGUAGGAGCCGGAGUUGCCGGCGCGGCAACUGGCUCCGGGGCCGCCUCCUCCGCCGGUUUUUCCGCAGGCUUGUCCGCUGGUGGCUCCUCCAACCAAGCCGGAGGUGCAGCUCACCUUGCGGCUGGAAUCCACUGA